AACGUAUUAUACGUCCUUGGACUGUUAAUAAUAGCCAUGUAGCUAACGUUAGUUUGAAGCCUGGGUAAUUUCGUUACAAGAACUUCUAGUUAACGCUAGCAGACUUUGGCUAGCUAUCAUGUUUUCGCCAACAACGCUAAGGCUGGAUAGCAUAUUCGUAGACAGUAUUAUAGUGUAAGGACUGACAUUGGAUGUUUAUAGGAAAAGUUACUUUGAAAAACAUGUUUGACCGCCCAAAGAUCGACGGCCUCCCAUGACAAGUGCCACACUAACGUUAUUCAUCCAGUUCAACCUACAAUCAAAGCAAACUUUUGUAACCUUUCUAAACAUCUCUGCUGCAAUCGCUACUUUUGUUUAGUUGGCUAACAACAAACACUGGGAAGCUGUAGCCUAAGUGGGCAACCGUAUAGCUAGCUAGUUAUUGAGUUUGUUAUUUCUAGGCAACGGUAACUUAGCUACAUAUCCGCAGCUCAAGUAUUUAAGUUGGCUAGCACAUGUCUCAGUAGUUGAGGACUUGGUGUCAGGAUGUCUGACGAUCUGAUGAAGAAGAUGCUCCGGGCUGUCCUCCAGGCCAACAAGAAUGGAGUGUCCAUCACGCGGCUGCAGGGGGAAUACAGGUCGCUGACGGGGGAGUUCAUCCCUGACCGAAAGCUGGGUUACCCUUCACUGGAGUGCUUCCUCCGCAGUAUCCCCUCCGUGGUCAGGAUGGAGAAUCGCAUGGGGGAGAUAAUGUGCUUCGCUGCAGUCUGUCAAGAAACGGCCCACAUCGCUCAGCUGGUCGCCCGUCAGAAGUCCAGCAAGAGGGCACCUGGCAGAUCCCAGAUGCUGAACUGUCGGAUGAGGUCGAAAUUGGCUUCAAAUUUUGUGUUCUAUGAGAAGCCUCGGACGUCCCUGCGUCAGCCCGACCGUGCUCCAGUGCGCUCUGGCUGGAGCCAGCCGUACUCCUCCAUGGGACCCUCACGGCCGCGGAGCUACAACAUCUGUGGAGGCUUCAGUGCUGGGGGAGACAUCAGGAAGAUGUACAGCCAGCAUGACGAGCGGGCCAACCCCCCUGCUCCGGCACCGCAGAGUCAGAACAGGGAGCCCAUCACUCAGGUGAAACCGAGUGAGAGACUGGUGAAACAAGUCAACCAUCACAUUUCGAAUACCACCCAAAAAGCUCCUGCUCUCUCCAGUUUCCCAGCUCUCUCCAUUACCAUCAGUAAUGUCCCUCGUCCGACGCCCAAAGCCCUUCAGCCGGGAGACUACAACCCCCAGGUUGUGCAGAAUCGGAUCUCUGAGGUGCUGAAGAAGUACUGCAGUGGUCUGUGGCUCUCCAAGCUGCCCUCUGUGUACCGGGACAUGCACAAACAGGACCUACCUGGCCAAGCAGUCAUAGACAUGGAGAACUGGACACACAUCUGCUUAGUUGAGAAGCCUGUUAGUACCAAUCGAGCAGAUAGGCUGGUGUACCCCCCUCAGUCCAAACCCCCCAGCCUUGCUCUCUCACCAGUCAAACCCCCAACGGCUCCUUAUACAGUAAAACCAGCCAACCCAGUGAAACUGGCCCCUCUAUUUUUCUCACUGAGGAACCCCUCCUUGAACCAGAGUCAGACCUUGCCCACUCCACCGGCCCCCUCGUGGAAGCACUCCCUGACCCAUACCUCCACCUCUCCAACUGCCCCCUCUACCUUGUGGAAUCCCUCUCCUUCCCACCUACUCCCUACGCCCACCUGUAAUUUGUGGAGACCCUCCCCUACUUCCACCUCGCCCUCAUGGAAGCGAACAACUACCCCCACCUCCCCUACUUCCCCCUCCCUCACCCCCACCUCCCCUACUCCUCCCUUCCUCACCUCCCCCACACGGAUGGCCUCCCCUACCCCCACCACCCCAAUCCCCCUCUCCCCUACAGCGGUGAGCAUCCCUGCGGAGGCGUGCCUCAGACUGAAGGAGCUGCUGUCUAAAUACAGCCACGGCCUGUGGGCCCACGCCCUCCCCAAGCUCUACCAGGAGACCUUCAAGGUCCCCUUCCCAGAGGACAUCCUGUCCAACCUGUCUCUCUUACUAGACAUCUGCACCGUGGAGUACCCCAUGGCUGACAACAAGAUGAAGGCCAUCCUCUACGGCCCCACCACCGAGUACAAGGCCAAGGUGAGCAGCACCCCAUCUUCUCCGUCGGGUUAUAAGCUCAACAGCACCCCCAUGGUUCCUCCUCUGCUGCUCCCCAAGGAGGAGUUCCCCUCAGUGCUGGUGGUGGAGGCAAGAAGCACCGACCAGGUCAUCCUCAGGUACAUAGGUGAGGGCUACUCUCAGGCCCUGGAGACAAUGGAGGAAUCCAUGAGUACAGUCUACAGCCAGCUCAGCGCUCAGAGGCUCCUCCCCUUCCCCUCAGCUGGCGAACUGGCGGCCGUCAAAGUGGAGGGGGGCGAGGAGGUCGUCAGGGCCCAGGUCUGUGAGGUCAUGACCGACAAAGUCAAGGUGUACUACGUGGACCAUGGCUUCUCUGAGGUCCUCAGUAGAACCAAACUACUGGAGCUGCAGAAAGACUUCCUCAAGCUGCCCUUCCAGGCGACUACCUGUACACUAGCUGGUCUGGAGCAGUUCAGCUCGGAGCUGUCUGUGCUGCAAACCCUGGAGUCCCUGGCUGUAGGUAAGAUCCUCCUUGUGGAGCUGCUGCAGCACGACGCUGACCCGCCCCAGGUGGUGCUCUACGACACGUCGCACGAUGAUGAGGUCAACAUCAACGUUGUCUGCCUCAAGGCUCUGCAGGACAAGGCCAUGGAGAACCCUUUACAGGUCAACAGUACCUAUAUGAAUGUGUCUGUGACCAACGUUUGUUCUGACGGAACCAUCUUCUGCCAGCUGCCCUCCCGAGGUCGGGUCAAGCUCAAUGAGAUCCUGGAUAAGAUCGAGGCCUUCUUCAUAACCCAGGUGACGUCAGAGUCUCUGGUGUCCACUCCGUUCUGUGGGAAGUGCUGCCUGGCCCGGUACAAAGGAAGGUGGUCCAGAGUAGAGAUCACCAACCUCCAUGGUAGCAGAGUGCUUGAUAUCAAAUUUGUGGACCUGGGAGUCCCAGCCUCUGUAGAGGUCAUAGAGCUGAGAGAGAUCCCUCCCUCGUUCCUCCACGAGCUCAUGGUCAUCCCACCACAGGCGAUCAAGUGUUGUCUGGUAGAGCUGGAGGUGGGGGUCUGGACUCCUGAGGCUGUUCUCUGGCUUAGAGGUGCUGUACUCAACUCUAUGGACUGUAGCAUGAAGAUCUCAACGCUGGACGAUGACAAGCUGGUGCACAUCUACCUGUUUACCUCUAAGGGCUCCCAGGAUGUCACCAACAGUGUUAACCACCAGAUGGCCACCUCUGACCUAUGGAAGCAACCCGGACCCCAGAAGGACGGCCUACCUACCCUCAGUUUCCUCGACACCGUGGUCGCCAACAUGGUGGAUCCGCUUACCCUCGACAGCCCAGCCUGCAGCCUUAUCCCUGUCUCCACCAACACCCCCAGCCCUCUGGAUGGUGCCGGGGACAUGUCAAACCCCACUUUGGUCACCUCCGCUUGGGGACAGAAGCAGCUGGUGCUGCCCCCUCUCUUGGAGCUUCCCCAGGCGGGCCAGAACAUGGACGUCUACGUGUCUGUGGCCUGUCACCCGGGACACUUUGUGCUGCAGCCUUGGCAGGACCUGUACAAGCUGGUGGUGCUGAUGGGAGAGAUGGUCCUUUACUACAACCAGAGGGAGGAGACGCCGGGGCCCGGAGAUGUACAGAAAGGAGAGGUCUACGCCGCCAAGGUGGACCAUAAUUGGCACCGUGUGCUGGUGAAUAGGGUUCUGUCCAGCGGCCUGGUGUCUGUGUACGAGCUGGACUAUGGUAAACACGAGCUGGUUAGCUGCACCCUGCUUCAGCCCCUCAUUGAGUCAUUCAGACAGCUGCCCUUCCAGGGAAUCACCGCACAGCUGGCUGGCAUGGAGCAGUGUGUGUGGUCAGAGGCGGCGUCCAUUGUGUUCCGGAACCACGUAGAGAAGAAGCCCUUGGUGGCCCAGGUGGAGUGUGUGGUGGAGGCUGAGCUUCCCUGGGACAGGAAGAUGAUAGUGUACCUGGUGGACACUUCUCGGGAGGAGACAGACAUCUGGGUCCACAACAUCAUGGCUGACUUUCCAGAGGAGCAGAGUACUGCUGCAUAGAACCGGACUGGACAGACAGACCACAUAAGACUGUUGGUAAACUCUGCCAGAGUAUAUCACAUAUGCUGAAAUGAUGCACACCACUGGCUGUAGCAUAUAACUGUUGGUAUCCCGUUCACUUAUUCCACAGGUCACAAAGAUCUGCCAGUGUCCCAGGUCAUUGGGGAGCCUGGAUGUAUGCAGGAGCUCAGUCUAUCAGCUUAGCACUGUGUGAAGCAUAGAACUGAUUUUUCUUAUUGUAUGGGGGGGUGAAUCUGUGUGUGUGUGUGUGUGUGUGUGUGUGUGUGUGUGUGUGUGUGUAAAUAGAGAAAGGUAUUCAACAACAGUAACCACCCCAUUGAUCUCCUUAGCAGGGUAUGUCGUUCAAUGUAAUGUAAAAAAAGUGUCCUUUAUUGUUCAGUUUCAAUCUACUGUCAAAUACUUUGCGUAGAAAGUUCUUUACUGAUUUAGUUAUUAUUCAUCGCCAACUUUUGGUUUUGCAGUUGAUCUCUUUUAAGUUGUUUGUCCUAACUUGUGAUUUUUUUUUUUUUGCAUUUUACUCAAAUUAUUAUUUUAGUUUAAAUAUAUUUAAGUCAAUUGUAUGUCAUUUGUUGUUCAAUACCUUGACUUUUGAAAUGCGUGAAAUUUAUUUGACUUUGACACUUAUUUUGCUUUUUGUGCGUGAUAUCCCACAGUACUAACUUUACUUUUGAAGGAAGUGGCUCAAAUGGAUGAAUGUAGACGUGGCUGAAUAAAUUGUUCAUUAAAAAGCACAA